AUGAAAACAUAUGACUCAUAUGUAAAAGAAGUCGAAUUAGGGACCCACCGGAGCCAACCCUAUAAGGUUCUUAUCAAUGCCAUCUCUUCUUCCAAUCUUUUUUUAAAGAAAGUCAAAAAAUCAAGAGGUGGGAACGGGGGUGAAACAGAUUGGGCUCACAGAAUACUUCAGGGCUGGCCACGCACCUGUCAGGAACUGUAUAAAAAAGGACCGAUAACUACAGAAGGUCUGAUACUUGAAAAGAGCAAGUUAUGUAGGCAGUGGCCGUUCCGGUUGCUCGACCAAAGCCGGUCAAAGAAUUCUAUGCCUGGCCAGAAGCCAGAAGUGAAGUGA